AUAACCUUAUUGGUGGCCUUUAAACUCACCUUAAAUCUGCAUAAUGAGCAUGUCAGAUCAAGACAGUGACGUAGAACAAGAUGUACUUGAUGACACUGUCGUUAAUAAGUAUAAAAUGUCUGCUGAGGUCACGAAUGCGGUUUUACUCGAGUUGAUUGGUCUUUGCGUUGAUGGCGCUAACAUCGUUGAGUUGUGUGAAUUAGGUGAUAAAAAAAUCUGUGACAAAGUAUCUCAGUUAUUUAAAAAAGAGAAGGAAAUGAGAAAAGGUAUUGCUUUUCCCACUGCAAUCAGCGUAAACAAUAUGAUACGUCACUACUCUCCUAUUGAAAAUGAAGCAUUUGGUCCUAUAGAAAUAAAAACUGGAGACCUAGUCAAAAUUGAUGUUGGUGCUCAUAUAGAUGGUUAUGCUGCUAUAGUCGGACACACUUUUGUUGUUGGUGCAAGCCAGGACAACAAAAUCACUGGCCGAAAAGCUGAUGUUAUACUGGCCGCACAUGCAGCAGCAGAAGCUGUCAUACGGCUAUUAAAACCGGGAGUGGAGAAUCUAAAGGCUUCAGAAAUUGUAAGUAAAACUGUUACAGAUUUUAACUGUCACGCCGUGGAAGGCAUGCAAUGCCAUCAAAUGAAAAAGCUUGUAUAUGACGCAGAAAAAAACAUUGUUUUCAGUCCUACGGAGGAGCAGAAAAAGACAGUUGAAAAGUGUACUUUCGACAUAAAUGACGUAUGGAAUGUGGAUAUUAUUGUAUCGACGGGUGAUGGCAGACCUCGGGAACAUAGAGCGCGGACAACUUUGUUUAAGAAAAAUGAAACUUUAUACCAAUUAAAAAUGAAAGCCGCACGUCAAUUAUAUAGUGAAAUUACAAACAGAUUCCUGGCAUACCCAUUUAGUUUACGUGCCUUUGAUGAUGUCAAAAGAGCUCGACUAGGUAUUUGUGAGUGUAUAAAACAUGGGGUCAUUGAACCACUUCCAGUUGUUUGUGAAAAAGAUGACGAAUUUGUUGCUCAAUUCAGGUUUACCGUUUUACUCAUGCCUAAUGGUCCAAUGAAAGUCACUGGAUUGGCUUUCGAUCCUUCUCUGUACAAAUCCGAACACAAAGUCAAAGACCCAGAAAUCAAGGAACUGCUUUCCCAACCUAUUAAGAUUCAAAACAAAAAGAAAAAGCCUUUAAAACCAGAAUCCGUUGGUAAAAUUUCAGCGUAGAAAUCUUGUACUAUUUGACUUUCAAAUAAAGUUUGUCGUCUAAAAUAGUUUAUUUUUUUGUUCAUUGGGUCAAGUUACACAGUCUGCAAUCG